AUGUUCGGCGUCUUCAUCCCCUCACGCCCAAUCAUCCCGGAGCUGAACACGAUAUCAGCACACCAAUUCGCCAUCACCAUCCCGACCGCGCCGACCUUCCACAACAUCGGCGUCUUCCUGCACCCCAACCAACUCCUCCCCGCCGACAUGGCCGCGGGCGUAUACAUGCAACUGCCCGGCGAAGCAGGCUUCAAAUUCCUCGGCGCCAUCGCCAACGAAAAGCCUUCGGCACUGUUUAAAGUCAACUUACCAGCCAACACCAACGGUGCCGGCACUCCCAACAAUGGGGAAAUCAAUCUCGGCAUCUCCGUCGAGCCACUGCAGAGCAUCCAGGUCCAGAUGGCCCAGCUCCAGCAGCAGCAGCAGCAAGCAGAGAAACCUCGCGGGCCGGACACGCGGCUCCUGGCCCAGCGCAUCAUCAAGAACGCCUUCAACUUCCUGGCGGGCUUUGCGGGUAACACGGCCAACGGAGUCGAAGUCGUCCCGCUGAAGAGCUUCCAGGACUGGUGGGGGAAAUUCGAGCGGAGGGUGCAGAAUGAUCCUGGGUUUUUGGAGCGGGACGAGGAUUGA